AUGGCACCCUCUGCUGUCGAAGUUCCGCUUCCUAUUCCAAAGGCCUUCUCAACUCCGACAAGCACACCCCAGGCCACCCAGAACGGAGAACCGAAAUCUCCCUCUUCACCACUUCCAGAAGUCAAGUCUUUCAAUGCAUCAACCUGUACGGUGGAAGAACUGGUGUCUGCACUUCGAGUGGCUGGUGGCCUCGUCAUUCGUGGUCUGUUGAAUGAGCAGGAAUUGGCGAGUCUUGAGAAGGACACCCGUCCUUGGUUGGAUAAAGAUACCGCAUGGGAGGAUGGAGAUUUCUUCCCCAAAGAAACCCGCCGGGCUUUUGGGAUGGUAAGCAAAUCAAGAACCUUCGCCGAGCGCAUCGUCGCCCAUCCGCUCUGGCUUGGUGUGACGGAUGCGUUAUUGACCAGCACAUUGAAAUGGAACUGGAUUGGCGACAAAAAUGAGGCCUCUGUGUCUCGUCCUCAGUUGAACAAUACCAUCGUCUUUAGCAUUGGCCCUGGAGCUCGUGACCAAGCACUGCACCGUGACGAUGCAAUCCACCAUGUCUACCAUCCGGCAGCAGCAACGCACGAGAUAGGUCGGGAUGCAGGCAUUGGUUUCUUCGUUGCAGGAAAAAAGACUACCAAGCGCAACGGGGCCACACGCUUCAUACCAGGCUCUCACCUCUGGGACUAUGCUGCCGGGCCACCAAGCGAGUCACAAACAUUUUAUGCAGAGCUUGAGCCGGGCGAUGGUUUCAUGGUAUUGAGUGGAUGUUUCCACGGUGGCAGCGCGAACAAGACGGACCAACCCAAUGAAAACGGCGAGGUGGUGCCUGAAGAACGCCUCGUGUACAGCACGUUCAUGACAAGGGGAUAUUUGAGGCAAGAAGAGAACCAAUACCUCGUCAAUCCUGUAGAGAAGACAUUUAUAUGCAAGAAAUGCAAGAAGGCCUUCCGGAAAAACACGAAGGAGUGGGAGGAGAGUGAUGAGUACUGUCCAAACUGUGACAACCACUUUGUCAUUGAUGCGCUCACCCCGAAGGCGGCCUUGAAGGUCGAGAGCGAAGAUACAAGAGUAGAUGCGAGAAUGAUCAAGGACGAGAGGGUGAGAGAGUCAAACCAGCAGUCGAUAUUUGACCUCAAAGGAGGAACGGAGCGGUUGGGUUGA